CCCGGUGUCCUGGCGAUGCGGGGAUUGCCGGGGAGCGGCGAUGCGCUGCUUCGAGCGGCGACAAAGCGCUGCUGCGUGAACUGUUCACAACAAAGCGCCGUGUCCGAUGGGAGCGGGGGGGAAAUGUGCCGUCAGUCCCUUCGGCCGGAGGGGGGGAGCGGUUAUAACGGAUCGGAGCCGCAGAGUAACGCGGUGCUGACUCCUGGCUUUUUCCUUUGGCAGCCAGUAGAAAUAGAUAUGAUUGUAGGGAAGGACCGGGAGGGUUUCUUCACCAAUGGCCUGACCCUCGGGGCAAAGAAGUGCUCUGUGAUCAGAGACAGCCUCUACGUGGACGGGGACUGCACGAUGGACAUCCGGACGAAGAGCCAAGGCGGGGAGCCGACGUACAAUGUGGCUGUGGGCAGAGCUGGUCGAGCAUUGGUUAUAGUCAUGGGAAAGGAAGGUGUCCAUGGAGGGACACUCAACAAGAAAGCAUAUGAACUGGCUUUAUACCUGAGGAGGUCUGACGUCUGAGCAGCCUCUCCCCAUCCACCUAGCAGCUGUCUUCAUCACCACUCAAUUGUGCUCAGUGCUACCAGACUGUAGAUGGUAGUUUGUGUUUUUUAUUUACCCAUUUUCUAAUGUUGUAAUUCCGGUUACCCUUCGUUCAUUUGUAUGUUAACCGCUGUGUGUAACUGAGUCCAUAUCUGGCACCACCGCUGCACCACAAAGACGAUAUGCAUGAUACCUGAAAAACUCUUGGGAGGGAAUACGCCAAGCGUAGGCUUUGCUUUGUCUCAGCAAUUGGUGUGUGCUGAGAGCUAAAACAACUUCGUGAACACUAAACAAGGUGCCGACUGUACAAUCUGAUUUGAUCAAUGCCUCUUCAGCACUUUGAGCAAUUACACAGCUCACGAGUCUUCCUUUCACAGAGCAUGUUUGGGAGGAAACAGUGCAUGCAUAUCUUCUGUUCUUCUCGUGGUGUUUUUUCGUUUUGUUUUUUAAUCCACGUUUGCUUACACCUAUUUUAUAGUGCCUGGUUUGUUUAACCAAUUUGCCACUCAGAAGCUAUUAAUGUUAAAUUAGUUUUGUUGUUGCACUUUGCUGUAGGCUUGUCUUUCAUUUCUUCUUCACGUCUGAAGCUUGUACUGCUCAUUAAGUGCAAUCACAAAGCUAUCAAAGGGUACAGAUGCACUUCCUCCCAUGAUCUCACAGCCACCAUCCCAAGUGACUCCCCGGGGACAUUCCAUCAUUGCAAUAGCUCAGGCACUUUUUUUUUUUCUGCCAGCUCCUGUUCUGUAGUUGAACUAUAAAAGGCUGCCAUUAUGGACAUCAGAUAUCCCAACAUAACCAUCUGGAGCGUGUCUGGUUUCAGUUUUUCAUAGGACCAAUUUUAAUUUGCAGCUUGGGGUUGUGGGUUGGGUGGUUCUGUUUUUAUACGAAACUGCAGUGUCAUUGUGGAGAACUGCUGCCUUCAGCUGCUGGGGGAGCGCUGACCGACUCCGGUCCUUCUGCCAGAUCACUUGCUGGCUGCAGUCUCGCUGCUCCAAAGCCGCUGUCUGGAUGAAGGCUGGUGGUCUGAAAGCUAACCUGUCAAAAUGAUGCCAUUUCAAAUUUAAAGCUCUCAUUUGGCCUGUCACACCCUUGCUGCACAAAUCACGGCGUGAACUGCCUCGUGCGCCCGUCUGACGUGUGUGUAACCAAACGAUCCCCGCAGGCACAGUACUAACUUGUAUGUCCAUUAAAAAGAACUACAGAACUCUGUAUACAAAGAAUAAAUGGGAGAUGGUAUUGGUUGGAAUAACUGACUUGGCUGUCUUGUGAUGAAUUUUUUUAAUAUGUAUUCUGUGCCAUACUUAUUGUUUAAAAAAAAAUUGAACUGUUGCUAUUGUGAGAUGGAUUUUAACUGAGUACGAGGGUUUCUUUUGAAUGGCACUACUUUAGGGACAUUCUAGUAUUUGCUUCUGUUGUUGGGCCUUGUGGAUAAUGUACAGAUUUAAACAAAUUCUUGUUGCUGAUUUGUCCAUUUCUUUCCCUGCACUUUGUUACAUCUGGGAUACAGUCUAACUCAUCUGAAUUAAUAUGCAUUUCAAAAAAUGCCAUAACUAUUAAAAACACCUUGUUUACAGACAGAUGAAAUAAAUUUAUUCCAACCAAACAAAA